AUGGUCUACAAAGUCGCUGACAUCUCCUUGGCUGCCUUCGGCCGCAAAGAAAUCGAGAUUGCUGAGCAUGAGAUGCCGGGUCUGAUGUACUUGCGCAAGAAGCACGGCGCUAACAAGCCGUUGGCUGGCGCUCGCAUCGCUGGAUGUCUCCACAUGACCAUCCAGACGGCUGUACUGAUCGAAACACUCACUGCUCUCGGCGCUGAGGUUACAUGGUCGUCUUGCAACAUCUUCUCUACCCAAGAUCAUGCCGCUGCUGCCAUCGCUGCCACGGGUGUCCCCGUCUUCGCCUGGAAAGGAGAGACCGAUGAGGAGUACGAGUGGUGUAUUGAGCAGACCGUCGCUGGCUUCGCUGGUGGCAAGUCUCUCAACAUGAUCCUCGACGACGGUGGUGAUCUUACCACCCUUGUCCACACGAAGUUCCCCCAAUAUCUCAAGGAUAUCCGUGGCGUUUCGGAGGAGACCACCACCGGUGUCCACCAUCUCUACAAGGCCUUCCGUGAGGGGAGAUUGAAGGUUCCUGCUAUCAACGUCAAUGACUCCGUCACGAAGUCCAAAUUCGACAACUACUACGGCUGCCGUGAAUCGUUGGUCGAUGGUAUCAAGCGUGCUACCGAUGUUAUGCUUGCUGGAAAGGUCGCAGUCGUUGCUGGUUACGGUGAUGUUGGCAAAGGCUGCGCCGAGUCACUGCGAUCGUACGGUGCCCGUGUCAUCGUGACAGAAAUCGAUCCCAUCAACGCCCUCCAGGCGGCCAUGGCUGGGUACGAAGUCACCACCAUGGAGGACGCCGCGCCAAGUGCGAACGUCAUCGUUACCACCACUGGCAAUCGCGAUAUUAUCACCGGCAAGCACUUCGAGGUAUUGCCCGAGGACGCGAUUGUCUGCAACAUUGGUCACUUCGACGUCGAAAUCGAUGUUGCAUGGCUCAAGGCAAACGCCAAGGAGGCCGUGAACAUCAAGCCUCAAGUUGACCGAUUCACCAUGGCCUCUGGAAGACACAUCAUCCUCUUGGCUGAAGGUCGUCUCGUCAACCUAGGAUGUGCAACGGGCCACCCAUCGUUCGUCAUGUCAUGUUCAUUCGCCAACCAGGUGCUUGCCCAGAUCGCGCUCUGGACGACACCGGAGAAGUUCCCACUCGGCGUGCACAUGCUCCCGAAGGAGCUCGACGAGGAGGUCGCGCGUGCGCAUCUCGCACAGCUCAACGUUAAGUUGACUACCCUCAGCCCAACACAAUCAGCCUACCUCGACAUCCCCGUCAAUGGGCCAUACAAGGCUGACCACUACCGCUACUAA